AAUCUCCAAAGGUCGGUGGGAGGCGAAAAACCAUGGCUUGCCCAAGGACGCGGAGAUGAGGUCUUCAAUACUAUGCCCCCUUCCGGUUCCGGGAGAAAAUAAAAGGCCCGGGGAGUCCGGUACGGACGAGCCUCAAAGGAAGACUAAGCGGACAAAAAGGGCCGCCCGCAAACCAAAAAGCCAAAUCGUCUUGUCCUCCGAGGAGGAGGACGACAAAGAGGAUGACGAUGAGGAGCAGCCGGAGCUCGUCCGCCAUCGAUCCAUUCGACCGGACCCUGAGCCGGUGGUCGAUCCAGUUGAGGCUCCUCCCGAGGACGUGAGGGUUGAGGAUGCUAGUGAACCCUCGGCCCCUGCGCGGGCAUCCCCGGGUACCGAUCACCCGGUUACGUCCCCCCCAUCUUCCUCGACUUGGGGGCAGCUGCCGGACGACAUCCCGAUGAUGGGAGGUAGCUUCGAGACCUUUUUUGAUGGGGUACCCUCCGCCAACACUUUCGGGCUCGAAAUCCUCCGGAAAGACCCUCAGGCCGAAUCAAGUGGGACUUCGGCCGUCAACAAGCUUGUUGAUAGGUUUCCAGCUCCGAGCCUGGACCCGGACUGUAACAGGAUAGUAACUUUUGCUAUCCCCAAAGACGUCCGGGCUCUGGGGCCCCCGGUCGGGGUUGCAAGCUAUCUUCAUCACCUGAUGACGGAGGAAGACCGGGCUGCAACCGAGGCU